GAAAACAAAAAAAGACCAAUUAUGAUGAUAGCAACUGGGGUGAUGGAACAAAAAACAGCGUUGAAUGCAUUCUUAGGAAGGGUAGUCGAAGAAAAAUUCCACAUGAAGCCCCUCUCAAUGUCCGUAAUCCCAUUCGGUCCAACGCAGCUCUCUGAGGGUGUGAAAGAGGGAUAUUUCCAUGUAAACUUGUCUGCCACUCAAGAUUUUGAAAUCGGCCCCGAUUUUUUCCAAUCAACCUUUGGUGUGAAUGAUGAUUUGGGUAUAUGAAAUCCUUGUAAUAUUUUGCAUUAUUCUAACCUAAUCCAAACUCUAAAUAUCUAGAAUCCUUAAAUAAUAAUAUGCAUGAUCGUGAUCAACCCACCGUACAUCCAGACGAUGAAGAAAUUCAAAAUCCACAAGAAAACAAUUCCACUACUACUUCAAAUGUACACAACGACGUGGAUGAGGAUGAUUCAAGCGAUGAAGAUCUUGAAGGGGAUCAAGCUGCCCGAGAGUACUUUCGUUCCGGAAGAAGAUUCUCUGAUUCCAGCAGCGAUGAUGACUUCGAAAUGGAGUCAUCUAAAAAAGACGCGACGCCGGUAUUGCUUGAUAGCGACGGUGAGAUCGUUGAUGAAGAAAUAGAUCGUAUGCAGGAAUAUGUGGAUGAGGUAGAGCAAGAGCUUUUAAAAAGACCAGACGCAAUGCAACAAAAAGGUGAUUCCGCAAAUGGAAGAAAUGAAGAAAGGGCAGCAGA